GUCCUUUUUUGAGGCAUGUAUAUAGAAUACACAGUCCAGUGGAGGUCAGACUCGAGCUUGAAUCCCUUUUCUCAAGUCGACCACCUUCAUCAUACGACGAAGCUAUGUUAUAUCAGCGCACAACUAUUGAUAACCAGGCAGGUGGUUUUCCUGCACCGCCUGGUUUCGAGAAGAACCUAGAUAAUCCUGACAACAAUGCUCUCGCUUCUAUACCCUCUGGAUGGACUUUGAUAUCGAUUGCCAUCAUACUGCUUAUUCUGCGAUUCGUUGCAAAGGUGUCUACGACGGUCAAGGAGGGGAAGUUCAACAUCAAAGUCAUCCGAGUAGAGGAUUGGCUUGCCCUACUCGCUGUUCUUUGCGGCAUCGUGCGCGUAGUACUGGUAACCUACAUCGUACUGGACCUUGGUAUUGGGCGCCAUAUCUGGGAUAUUCCUGGCGAGAAUUUUCCGAAGAUAUGGCACAUCUUUGACAUUGAAGACAUGAUCUACUGCUGGGGCAUUCUUUUCGCCAAGCUGUCCAUUCUGUUCUUCUACCUCAGCAUCUUUCGGAUCAACAAGGCAUUUCGGAUAUGCGUAUACGUGACGAUGGCAAUCACCACUUUAUACCUUCUAGUCUCCUUCUUGACCUACGUAUUCCAUUGCGGCGUUCAUACCUGGGUUGGUAUCGCGACCAAAUGUCUCGAUGGAAUCACACAAGAGAUUGCGAUCGGCGGCUUCAACAUUGCGACCGACCUUGUCAUCAUGGUCCUACCUUUACCUCUGGCACUAAGAUUGCAACUCUCACGCAAGAAAAAGAUUGGACUUGUCAUAGUGCUUCUGCUUGGAUCGUUCACGAUCAUCGCCGCGGUUUUACGGCAAGUUUUCGCCAUAACCACCCUCUCGACCAGCGACCAAACAUGGAAUACAUCAGAGGUCGUGGUAUGGAAGACAGUCGAAAUGCUCGUGGCUAUCAUCUGCUGCAAUAUUUUGACGGGCCCAUUCAUUCUCCGGUACUUACUUGACACCAAACUUGGCUCCAGUUUGCGCAGCUUGUUGACCAAAGCGAGCCCUUCGUUUGCAACAAGUGUGCUUGGAUCUGACCCAAGCUCGCAUCGCUACCCUGGGAAACGAUCAGAUAAUGGAAGUGCAACAACUGAGAGCUAUGAGGUUAAUGAUAUCAAAAGUUGGGCAGUCGCAGCACCCGGUAGAUCGGAUAGUCAUGAGCAACUUACGCGGCCGUCUACUGAGGGGAUCAAAGUCACACGGGAUUAUCGUAUUGAUACCCAUCAAGCUGCAAGAGUGUAAGAAAGGAAGACUCUGGCCAGUCUUAUCUGAGCUGGGCGUUCACGUAUCUUGCUGGGGUGGGUUAUUGGAGUUGUGGGUUGGUCUCCUGUUGAUACCAUUUCUAUGUUUGUGUGAAAACAUGUAAACUCGCGAAAGAAGUUCACAUUCAGAAGACUAUUAUCAUUAUGUUAGUAGUCUGGCCGUGCAGCUCAUACAAAUGUUUGCCAGCAGA